GGUGGCAGACCAGGGCGCAUGCGUGCUGUGCGGAGCGGUGGGAUACCUGGAAGGUUAAAGCCGGCCGCGGCAGAGGUGGGGAUAUGGCCCGUGCAAAUGUCCCUCCAGCCUUAUCUCUGCGAGAAGCCACCCAGCGGAAGUUGCGGAGGUUUUCCGAGCUGAGAGGCAAACCUGUGGCAGCUGGAGAGUUCUGGGACAUUGUUGCAAUAACAGCAGCUGAUGAAAAACAAGAACUUGCAUAUAAGCAACAGCUGUCAGAAAAGCUGAAAAAAAAGGAGUUACCACUUGGAGUUCAAUAUCAUGUUUUUGUUGAUCCUGCUGGAGCCAAAAUUGGUAAUGGAGGAUCAACAUUUUGUGCCCUUCAAAAUUUGGAAAAGCUAUAUGGAGAUGAAUGGAAUUAUUUUACCAUCCUAUUAAUUCACUCCGGUGGCUACAGUCAACGCCUUCCAAAUGCAAGUGCUCUGGGGAAAAUUUUCACUGCUUUACCUUUUGGUAACCCCAUUUAUCAGAUGUUAGAAUUAAAACUAGCCAUGUACAUUGAUUUCCCCUCACAUAUGAAUCCUGGGAUUCUGGUUACCUGUGCAGAUGAUAUUGAACUUUAUAGUGUCGGAGAAUCUGAGUUUAUCAGAUUUGACAAGCCUGGCUUUACGGCUUUAGCUCAUCCUUCUAGCUUGACUGUAGGUACCACACAUGGAGUAUUUGUCUUAGAACCUUCUAAUUGUUUAGAAUAUAGUGACCUCGAAUACCGGUGUUGCCAUCGUUUCCUUCAUAAGCCCAGCAUAGAAAGGAUGUGUCAAUUUAAUGCUGUGUGUAGACCUAGAAAUUUUUCUCAGCAGGACUUGUCUGGGGGUGACACUGCCUCUCUUAAAUUUGAAUCUGAGUAUGUCUACACGGACAGCCUAUUUUACAUGGAUCAUAAAUCAGCGAAAAAGUUACUUGCUUUUUAUGAAAAAAUAGGCACACUGAACUGUGAAAUAGAUGCUUAUGGAGACUUUCUGCAGGCUUUGGGACCUGGAGCAACUGUGGAGUAUACCAGAAACACAUCAAAUGUCACUAAAGAAGAGUCAGAGUUGGUAGACAUGAGGCAGAGAAUAUUUCACCUUCUUAAAGGGACAUCACUAAAUGUUGUUGUUCUUAAUAACUCCAAAUUUUAUCACAUUGGCACAACUGAAGAAUAUUUGUGUCACUUUACUUCAGGUAGCAGUUUGAAGUCAGAGCUUGGCUUACAGUCCAUAGCUUUUAGCAUCUCUCCAGCAGUACCAGAAUGCUUUGGUAACACAUCCUGUAUCAUUCAAAGUAUAUUGGAUUCAAGAUGUUCUGUGUCACCUGGCUCAGUUGUGGAGUACUCUAGGUUGGGGCCUGAUGUUUCAGUUGGGGAAAACUGCAUUAUUAGUGGUUCUUCUAUCAUAACAACAGCUGUCCUGCCUGCAUAUUCUUUUGUGUGUUCCUUAAGCUUGAAGAUGAAUGGACACUUAAAGUAUUCAACUAUGGCAUUUGGAGUGCAAGACAACCUGAAAAGGAAUGUUAAAACAUUGUCAGAUAUAAAGUCACUUCAAUUCUUUGGCGUCUGUUUCCUGUCAUGCUUAGAUAUUUGGAAUCUGAAAAUUACAGAGGAGCUCUUCUCUGGAAACAAGACAUGUUUGAGUUUGUGGAAUGCUCGUAUUUUCCCAGUUUGUACUUCUUUGAAUGAUUCAGUUACAACAUCCAUAAAGAUGUUAAGUGCUGUGCAAAGCAAGUCAGCAUUCAGCCUGAAUAACUACAAGCUGUUGUCCAUUGAAGAAAUGCUUGCCUACAAAGACGUAGAAGACAUGAUAACCUAUAGGGAGCAAAUUUUUCUAGAAAUUACUUUGAAUAGAAAACUUUGAUUUAGAGACAUCUUAAAUAUUACAUACUUUGCCUUUCUUGAUUAAGCUAGAUUGCAAAUAUAAGUGUUUUCUAUAGAUGUUUGUUUUAUUGAAGUCAUUUAAUGAAAAUUAUGUUAACAGUUGCUGCAGCAUAAAAUCAAUAACACAAAAAUACAGAUAAACCAUUUUUGAAGAAACUAUUAUUAGGCUGUAACUUCAGGAAAGGGAUUUUUAGAUGUUUAUGACUAUUUUAAUAUUUCUAUAAAUUAAGAUGGAUUUAUGGAGCAUUAGUUUGUUCACAUAAUAAUGUACUAGUUUUAAAGGCAAUUUUCUAAACAUACCUUUAGUUUUUCCCUCUUCUUUUUGGCAUCAGUUCCAAAAAAGUUCUUAGUGUUUAUUGGCAGUUCUCUUCUCAGAUGUAGUAAUUCUGAUUAACUAAUAAAAAUAGCAUACAAUCUGAUCUUCAGAGCACUGUUGGAAUAUUGUCAAAAUAUCAUCUGCAGGGACAGAUUUAUAAUUAUCAAAUUCAGAUUAAAUUAAUGCUUAAAAUAUUGUGAUAAUCUUAAUUGAUAAGUAAUGGACAACUCUGAAAUUGAUGCUAAAAAUCUCAUUUAUUGAUCUUACCAAAAUGAAACAAAAAAGGGUAUAUGUGUUAUUUUAUCCAUAUAAAGUUGAAAAUGUGUUUGUAUAUCCUAAAAAUGUUCCCUAAAUUUUCAUCCAUAGGAAAGCAUACACACCCACAAAAGUCAAAUAUCUGUGUGGGGAAGAUGGUAGGAAUAAUUGAGAUUCACUGAUAAUAAUAUGUUUAUUCUGAGCAUUACUUUCAUCCUCAUACUAAUCUCUUUAAUAGAACUGUUAAAUUACCAGAUGAACUGAUUUUACUUUUCAUUUCUUAUUUUUUGUCCAUGCACUGGUAAUGAUGCUGAGAAGCAAUAAAUACCCAAAAGGUAGAUAGCAGGAAGGAGCCAGAAGAAGAGAAAGAUUAAGAAAAUGCACACAUGAUAAACAGCUUCAAGAAAUAAAAAUUGGCUGGCAUCCCAAGUUAUAUGUACCAAUCUAUAUAUAUAAAAGCCUAAUAUGCAAAGUGUCCCCUCAGGAGUUUGACCUGGAGACCAGGAGUUCAAUCGCUUGCUAAUGAUGUGCUCUGACCACCAGGUGGUGGCGCGGAAUGAAGGAAAGCCCCACCCGGCAGCUGGAAGGCCCUGGCCCUAGGGACCUUACCUGUGCAUGAUUUCGUGCACAGAGCCUCUAGUUUGAUAUAAGCACAUAAGUGAAAUGUGCUCAUACCAAAGUCUAAUAACCCUAUAUAAUAAAAGCAUAAUAUGCAAAUCGACCAUCCAUUUGGGACCAAGCUAUGACACCCACUGGUGCCAGGCCAGCCAAGGUGGGUGCAAUGCGAUUGGCCAGGGGUGCAGCUCAAACCCAUGAUUGCCUUGCAGAAGGAGGCCUAGGCCACCAACCAGCAGGCUGCGGCGGGUGGGCAGGGCCUCCCUCUGUGAGGGAAUCCCAGGUCCUGGGUGCCAGCAGCUGGAGAAAGCCUAGGUCCCGGGUGCCGGCAGCUGGAGGGGGCACAGGUCCCAGGUGCUGGAGGGAAGCCAGUGCCGGCAGCCGGGUGAAGGAAGGCCUACUCUUGCAUGAAUUUCAUGCAUUGGGCCUCUGGUAAUUACAGAAAAGACUUGUAAUUGUUUUGUAUUUUAACAUGAGUAAAUUGAAAUAAGAACUGGUCUGUGCCACUUUUAUUGAUGUAUCCAAUGACAAAACGAAAAUAAUUAUUUGGUAAACCAGAAGUAACUUGUCUGUAACUCUCAAUGAUCAUAUUUAUGUCUUGUUUUUUUCUUUCUUAAAGGUUCUUUUCAAGGACAAAAUAAAGAUAUAUAUAGUAGCUAUUGUGUAGCAUUUACUGAUUUACUUGCACAGUUUUUAGAGGAUAUUAUGUUUAUCAUUUAUUAAAUGUUCACUAUUGUAUUUCAUAGUAUAAUCUAUAUAAUUUUGUACAAUCUAAAAGGCCAUCAAUUAUUAAGAAUCACCAUUAUUUUAUGUUCCACAAAAAAGAGAAAACGCUACCAAUAAAAUAUUACUC